AAUAAACACUUGAGUUAAUGAAACUCAAAAGCUCAAACUCUCAUUACUAAUGAGCUUUUAGCUGACAUGGAUUUUGGGGCAAACAAGGAGCUCUUAAUCUCAGCUUUGAGCUCCUCAGAGGACCCAAAACCCAGGUGGUGCAGCCAUGCCAGGCCCUGGUCCGCACCUCCUGUACGCCAUGGGAACUGGCCUGGCUCUGACCACUCUCAGCAAUGGCAGGUUCAGCCCCCACCACACCCUCUUCUACACCAUCAACGCCUUCUUUGGCCCUGACAUCGGAUCCUUCUCUGAGUGGCUCGACUCCACCCUCGGCUUCGGCUUCGGCUCCAAGCUAGCCGACUUAAUCCACCAUCCCUUUUACUAUGUUCUCUUUCCGGGUCUUCCUCUGUGUUUGCUGUACUCUUUGGUCUCUAGAGUUUUGCUUCAAAGACGGCUUCUUGAUUCGUUUUCUCGGGUGCCCCUUACUAGGAAGCAGUGCUGGUUCUUGGUGUCAGCUGGUUCUUUUUCACACUUUUUCCUUGACCACUUGUUUGAGGAGAAUGGGCAUUCAAAAAUGUAUACUUGGAUUUUGAGCACUGGUUGGUGGAAGGGCCGGGCACCGGUUAACCCAGAUGCUGUUGUUGUAGUUGGCCUUUUAUGCAUUUUCUUAAUCGGCGGCUUUAUUUACAUCAACAGGGUUAAGCCUCACAAGUCUAUUAAUAAGCAAUCAUAUCAAUCAGUGACACUGAUUUCCAUUGUAGCAAUCCUGUAUUGCUUAUGGUGUGCAAGCCAAAUACACUGGGUUAAUCCUCGUCGGCCAGCAGUUGGUGAAGAGGCUGAUCUUGGGGUUCUUGUAUUUCUAGCCAUUUACUUCUUUCUUCCUCACCUUUUGUGUAUAUUGUCCAUGCACCCUAUAGAUCUUCAAGCAGAGCAACUUCCACUGUAACAGUAACCAUAUUACUAAACAGAACAUCCCACUUUUGCUGCCCAAUAGUCGCGAUUCACAACGAACGUUUUGGUCCUGUAUGACACAAAGAUUCUCAGGUCUUGCCACGGCGGUUAGUUUUGUUACAUAGCUUUCUACUUUCAUGUGUUGGGUUUUUUCAAAAUUUGUAUCUUAUUACUAUCUUGUAUACUGUUAUACAUAUAGAAUUUGGAAGCGGCUAUUGACUGUAGUUGUACCUUCAUUUGUUUC